AUGUCCCUUGCAGGUGAAGAAGCCCUGACCAACGCUUCUAGUACGGCCCUCGAGACAACACCGCCCCCUCCCGCCUCCUCUCAGACCGAGAAGGGUGAGGCUUUGGCCCGCCACUCCACCGCCGCCGCCGCCGCCGCCGACGUCGAAGGCCAGCUCCGCCUCGAGACCGUAGGCAAGAUCGUCUUCUGCUUCUUCAUGAUACCAGUCUCAAUUGCAAUCAUCGCCUUCGCCGCGCGCGAGCUAGUGCGCAUCUUCUGGUCCGACCACCGCAAUGACCUGCUCGUCAAUGGCUUCGGCAUUCUCAUAUCCGUUGGCAUAUGGCUGCGCAGUGCCAUCGCCAAGUUCACGUUCCUUGCCAGAGUCACCGUCUCGGUCGAGACACAGCAACUCAUCACGUACGUCUGUCUGACCCAUUCCUCCGUCAUCCAGGGCAUCGACACGGUGCGCGUCUAUCACUCGGGGCCACGACUCACCGCCGAAGUGAACAUAGUUAUGGACCCUGAGAACAUCCUUGCCGAGACGCACGACGUGGCUGAGGCGCUGCAGAUCAAGCUGGAGAGCCUGUCCCAUGCGGAGCGGGCGUGUUACAUGUUGACUACGAGACCACCCACAAGCCGAAACAUGCCUUCAGGAAGAAUUUAUAGGGUAUUCUUGCGUUAUUGUUAG